UCGGGCAGAGAGAGAGAGAGAGAGAGGCGAGCGAGCGAGGACCUCAAGCUAUUGAUGGGGAAACAGGGGAGGGGUGGAAUGAACAAGCACGUAUGGCAGCCAGAGGAAGGGAGGGGUGUGUGUGUGCGCGCCCGUGCACGCGCGAGUGUGUGGGCCGAGGCUCCGGUGAAUGAGGAAGCAGCCGAGCCAUUUUUCCUUUUGAGAAACUGCACGCUGGUCCGCCCGUGCUAGAGAGGCAGCGAGCGAGCGAGGCGAUCAAAGUCCUCCUCCCGGGGUCCUCGCGAGGCCGGCCUUGCGUGCCUCCCCGCUCGCCGCUUGCUUUUCAUUUCAGUUAGGGAGGCCCCCGAAGAGGACACAAUGGAGCGCAGAGCCUUUGGCAACUGGGCCGUUGUACUACUGAGAGGGGGAUGGGGCAGAGAGAAGACCGGUUCACACAGCUAACGCAGCCUGCCGGCUGCCGCUUAGCCUGGCCUCUCCUCCGAUCCCGACCCAGCUCUUCCCGUCUGCCGGGCUAUUUUUUUCCUGGAACAGACAACACCCCCCCACACCCCUCCUCUCAAAACUCCACUUGGACUACGCAAUGGAUUUACCCAUCAUGUUUUGUGGCAUUUUCGGAUACGCACCAUAGCCUCGAGUUUAAAUCUGCGUUCUGGAUGACAGAAAAGGAAAAACAAAGUUUCCUAAUCGCUUUUUAACCCUUCUUUUGGGGAUUGUGGCUUGUUUCCGUGCGCUGGAGUUGAUCUAAAUGGAUUACAAGAUGCAUGCCAAGUCCAACGAUUUGCUGGAUUUCCAAAAACUGGAUGCCCUUCUGGAAAAGAUUGCACAUUCAGUCUCGGUGAAAAGAGAGUCCAGCGAGGAGUGCAAUGGGAUCAGUGGUGCUCUGUCAGUGGAGUCUGUGCCGGGGCCAAGAUUGAACUGGUGCACUGCCAACAGCGCUCCCCCUGCCCCCGCGCCGGGGCCCGAGCCCAUGCCCAACCCCGUCAGGAUGGGGGACGGGCUGGACGCAGCGCAGAUGUCGAGCAGCAGUAGCAGCAGCGGCGGCCAGGGGCAGCCACACAGCGUGGGCAACCCCCCGCCCCCGGAAUACAUCAACCUUGACAGGCCCAAGCGCCAGACCAAUCAGCUGCAGUACCUGCUCAAGGGGGUGGUCAAGUCCCUGUGGAAGCACCAGUUUGCCUGGCCCUUCCAUUUACCGGUCGAUUCUAUCAAACUCAAUCUGCCCGACUACUACACCAUCAUAAAAAGUCCGAUGGACAUGGGAACAAUCAAGAAAAGGCUUGAAAACAGCUACUACUGGAAUGCCCAAGAAUGUAUCCAAGACUUCAACAAGAUGUUUACCAACUGCUACAUGUACAAUAAGCCUUCGGACGACAUCGUCUUAAUGGCCAAGGCGCUAGAGAAGGCUUUCCUCCAAAAGGUCGCCGACAUGCCUCAGGAAGAAAUUGAGAUUGCGGUCAUGACAGGGAAAGGCCGGGGCCGAGGUCGGAGAGACGGCGGUCUCAGCUUGAAACCCGGGGCGAUCAUCGACCCUUCGUCCACCACCCCUCAAACGCGAGGUCUGUCCAACCUCUCGGCGGUGGCUCAGAGCAGAGGACCGGUGCAGGGCCCGCCUUCACUACCUCCUCAGCCUUUAAUGCAGGCCCUCCCGUCCCACGUUCCCCCGACGUUACCGGGCCACGCGGCGUCGCUCGGAGCGCCUUACGCUUUGGGCCAAUUGGAUUGCACUCUUCAAGUUCCCAUGAUGACCUCCGUGCCUCCUCCUGUUCAGACCUCCCUUCCCCCGGCGUCCAUCCAGAGCACCGCCCCCAUGCUGCAAAACCCGAUCACCAUGACCAAACAAAGAAAGAGCCAGAAAAGAAAAGCGGACACCACAACACCCACCGCUAACGACCAGCUCAGCGAGUCCUCGCCGGCCGAGUCCAAGUCGGGCAAGACCCUGCCCAGGCGGGAGAGCACCCGCCCGGCAAAACUGAUCAAAAAAGAGGCACCCGACUCGCAGCAUCAAGUAGCCAUGGGCCUGGGAAUGAGCGGGCCCAGUAGCGGCCACAGUCCCGUCCCGCAAGAUCAGCUGGGCUAUUGCUUAAGUCUGGUCCGGGAGAUGUUGUCCAAGAAGCACACCAUCUACGCCUGGCCCUUCUACAAACCUGUCGACGUGGCCGCGCUCGGCCUGCACGAUUAUCAUGACAUCAUCAAACAUCCCAUGGACCUCAGCACCAUUAAGGCCAAGCUGGAGAACAGGCAAUACCGGGAGCCGCAGGAAUUUGCUGCCGACGUGCGGCUAAUGUUUUCCAACUGCUAUAAAUAUAAUCCGCCUGACCACGAGGUGGUGGCUAUGGCACGCAAGCUGCAGGAUGUGUUUGAGAUGCGCUUUGCCAAGAUGCCAGAUGAGCCCGAGUCCAAGCCGCUCGCCUCCGUCCCGGCACCUCCGCUCCACCACCCCGCCCCGGUGAAACCCCAGCCUCCCAUGGCCCGCGUUGCCUCCUCCUCCGACAGCUCCAGCGAUUCCUCCUCCGAGUCCGAGUCUUCCACCGACGACGUGGAGGAGGAGCGAACUCAGCGGCUGGCGGAGCUCCAGGAGCAGCUGAAGGCCAUCCACGAGCAGCUGGCCACCCUUUCCCAGCCUCAAGCCAGCAAACCAAAGAGAAAAGAGAAGGAGAAGAAGAAAGUUGGCAUGCCCAGCCUCGUCGAGGAGAUCCAGGAUGCCGCACCUGUUUCGCAGCUGUCGAAAAGGACCAAGACGAGUACAAAUAACAAUAAAGAGCUUCCCAAGAAGAAAUCCAGUAAAAAAGAGGCGAUGAAAAACAACCAGCCCCCCAACCUUCCGCCCAUCCUCGGCCUGGAAGACGACCCGGCGGGCUCGUCGGCCUCGUCGGAGAAAUGCAAGCCCAUGACGUACGAAGAAAAGAGGCAACUCAGUCUGGACAUCAAUAAGCUUCCCGGCGACAAACUGGGCCGCGUGGUCCACAUCAUCCAGUCGAGAGAGCCCUCGCUCAAGAACUCCAACCCCGACGAGAUCGAGAUUGACUUUGAGACGCUCAAGCCUUCCACUCUGCGAGAGCUGGAGCGCUACGUGUCCACGUGCCUUCGCAAGAAAAAGAAGGGCGGAGCUGAGAAAUCUCUGGAGUCUAUGGUUUCUUCCAAAAAGCCGGGAUCUUCUUCAGACAGCAGCGGCUCCAGCUCCGAUAGCGAAACCGAAGCUCCGGGGAUGAUGAAAGCGCUAAAGAAGAAGGCCCAACCUGUGAAGGAGAGCAAGAAGACUCAUUCGCACAUGCCGGGCGCCCCCGCUCUGCUUGCGCUUCAUCCGCAAGUGGCGGCUUUUCAGCCUCCGAUGAAGCAGCAUCAUCCCCCCCCUCCUCUGGACUACAUGCCCCCUCCCGUAGCCGCCCUGGAGUCUUCCCAAAUGCUGGAGAACAGCUUCGAUCCCUUGCCGUCGUUCGGCCAGCCCCUCAUGCAUCUUUCCCACCACACGGGAAACUCCUCGUCCCCCGCCCCGCCUCAGCUCAGCGCCAACAACGCCGGGCCGGUGUCCCCCGAGACGCACCCCUUCCUCAACCACCCCAUUCUGCCCUCUCCAGCCUUGCACACUUCCAUGCCUCAGCAGCCGUCUCGACCGAGUCACAAGGCAGCGCCUCUUCAUCCCAAACUUCCCCAGCAGCAGCAACAGCUAGCGCCACCCCAGCAGCAGCCAGUGUUGCAGCAGCAGCCGACAUUGCAGCAGCCUGCGUUGCAGCAGCCUGCGUUGCAGCAGCCUGCGUUGCAGCAUCCCCCUCUCCAGCCUCAGUUGGCGGCCCCUCCGCCGCAUCAGCUUCCCCCGCAGAUCCUCCACCCUCCUCAGCCCAUGCAUCAGCGGCCCCUGUCCCCGCCCACACUCACGCCGCAAGGCUUGCUGUCUUCCCAGCCUCCCCAGAUGCUGCUGGAGGACGACGACGAGUCGAUCUCCUCGGCGCCCCUCAACCAAGUGCAAUUGUACCUGCAGCAGUUCCAACAAGCCCGUCAGCCCCAGCAGUCUUUGCAGUCGCUCCAGGCGCAGGCUCGUCAGCAGCAGCAGCAGCAAGCGGGACAACACUCGUCUCUGCUCCAGUCAAUCCAGAGCCAACCCCAACUCUCCUCCCAAGCCACGCUGCCCACUCCCCAGCUCCCGCUUCAGGUGCAGGCUCCGGUAGCCCUGCCGCAUCAAGCCCCGUCCCAGCAGAUGUCCCUCCACCAGAGUCGCCACCUGCCGCCUCAGCAGCAAGCGCCGGCGCCCCCGCAGCAGCAACAGCAGCAGCUGAACUACCAGCAGGUUUCCACGCUCAUCGGUCAGCCUCAGGGGCCUUCACACAAGGUGGCCAUGGCCACCGGCAACAAAGCACAGCAGAUCAUCCAGCCCCCGGAGCAGCUGUCCCCUCGGCCGCCCAAGCCGGACCUUUUCAUCGGAGGUCACAUGAGGGACAACCCAUCCCCUCUAAUGAUGCAUUCCCCGCAACUUCCUCAGUACCCGCCCGUGUCUCACCAGUCUCCGCCUCACAAUAUGCAGUCCAAAAAGCCGAGGGUGCCCGGCAAUCAAGUAGCGCUCAAAGACGACAAACUUCCCCCCUCACCCGUGAUGAGAGGAGAGCCUUUCAACCCAGCCAUGAGGCCCGAGCAUCACAAGCAUCCCGACAGCAAGCCCACUCAGCCGGGCCUCGGCCAACAGAAUGUGAGGUCCUUGGACAGCUCUCGGCCUGUCAUCCGCUCUUCUGAGCCCAGCAUACCGCCGCCCUCCCUGCAAGACAAGGAGAAGUUCAAGCAGGACUCCAAGGCUCCCUCUGCACCCAAAAAGGAUGUGAAACUGAAGAACAUGGGCUCGUGGGCCAGUCUUGCCCAGAAGUCCACGUCGACGCCGAUGUCCGCAGUCAAGUCGUCGAGCGACAGCUUCGAGCAGUUCCGCCGGGCCGCCCGCGAGAAGGAGGAGCGGGAGAAGGCGCUGAAAGCGCAAGCCGAGCAGGCGGAAAAAGACCGAAUGCGCCGAGAGCAGGACAAACUUCGAGGUCGAGAUGAUGACGAUGUCCUGGAGACGAGCAGGAGGGUGCACGAGGAACCGCGCAGGCGUCUGGAGCAGCAGCAGCAGCAGCAGCACAUCCAAGUGCCCCCACAGCAGCCCGAGCCUCCGCCAGCUGUGAUCCGAACGCCCCCCCAGCAGCAGCAGCCGCCGCCGCAGCAGCAGCCGCCACCCCAGCCCCCUACGCCGCCUCAGCCCGCCGCCGUCCAAAGCCCACUCGACCAGCAGAGGGAGAUGGCCCGCCGACGGGAACAGGAGAGGAGGCGGCGAGAAGCGAUGGCAGCAACAAUUGACAUGAAUUUCCAAAGUGACUUAAUGGCGAUCUUUGAGGAGAACAUCUUCUGAGGAGACGAGGAAUGGAAAGAGGAGGAGAAGGAAAGGAAACAAACUGCAAAUCAAGACCCCCUCCCGACACACACACAAAAAGAGAGGACAAGUAACUUUUUUAAAGAGGGACGACUGAGCGAACGUCACGUCAUCAUUAUCAUCACCUCCCUUUGGGAGAAAGACGCCAUGUCGGUACUCUUUGCCUUUUUUGCCUCCGCCAUCUUGCGGGGGGGGGGGGGUGGUGGUGGAGGG